AUGCAUAACAUUAACAACAACAACAACAACAACAACGUUGUACAAUCAACCAACACAACAACACAAACUGCAGCAACAACAAGGGUAAACACAACCCAAGCCUGCGCUGCUUGUAAAUAUCAACGUAGGAAAUGCGCGCCCGACUGCAUUCUCGCCCCUUAUUUCCCACACGAUCGCCAACGCCAAUUCCUAAACGCCCAUAAACUAUUCGGUGUCAGCAACAUUACCAAGAUCAUACGCCACCUCGAUCAACCCGAAAAGGACGCCGCCAUGAGGACCAUCAUUCUCCAAUCUGAUGUCCGGGCCACCGACCCUGUUGGAGGUUGUUACAGGAUCAUCAGGCAGUUACAACGACAGAUUGAUUACACGAAAGCCGAGCUUGAAUUCGUUCUUCAUCAGCUCGCGCUGUGCCGGGCGGCUCAGGCUCAGGUUCAGGAUCAUCAACAACAACAACAGCAGUCAGUUAUUGUAGCGCCUGAUGAUGAUAACAGGGAUUCUAGCCCGGCUGACAAUUCUGACGUGAAUAAUAUUUUCGGAAUGGAAGCUUUGGGUUUGGGGAGUUCGAAUUCGGGUGAAACCGUGAAUUAUCAGCCAUAUUUCCAACCUUAUAAUCAUAAUCAUCAUCAUUUAGAGCUACAACAAUAUAUGAUGAUGAUUAAUGAUCAGAAUAAUGAUAAUGCAAAUGCAGCUUCUACUGCAUUACAGGAAGCUGUUACAACGGCGAAUUCAUGGAGUGCUAUGAUGCAAUCUUCUACUACUACUACAAAAGAGCCACAACAACAUUCUAAUAAUGAUAUUAUCCAGGACCGUAAUGACAGCAACCUUGUUUUUAAGCCAUUGUUGUUUGAUGGUUUAUCUGAUGAUCCUGAACAAGAUUUCAGAUUUGAAUCUGAACCAACAAUUGAGCAGAGUGAAGAACACACAAGUUUGAGAAAUCACCUAGUCGGUUUCAAGGCAGAAGAUGAAAGUUCUUGCCAUUGUAGUGAUGCUGGAGAUCAGCAUCCCCAUGAUCUCAAAGGCGCAGCCACAUUAUUCAGCCUCACAAAAUGCAAUACUUAG